CAUUAAAACUUCCCAAAAUGAUAUUGGUUCGAGAUAUUCGAUGACGUGGGCACCAAUAAAUAAACACACAGGUCUGCUUUCAUACCUUCACGCUCUCUCACUGAUCAUUCACAAUCUCUCUCUUUUUACACCGGCGAUAAUUUUCCGAUCCCGAUUAUAAGAUGGCGAAGGAACCAGUUCGUGUUCUUGUUACCGGAGCUGCAGGAUAAUAAAUCGGAUUGGAUAACCGGCCAAACAUGUUUCACAUCUCAUGGGUCGAAUCUCCGGUCCCCUCCGGUUUAAAAAUGAUGGGCUAAUAACAAAAGUCAAAGACUCAAAAAAGUUGUUAGUUAAGUCUGCGUCGAAUCACUUGCAAACAAUCAAUAGCUUCAUUUCAAUCUUCGGUGAACAAUCAAUCUCGAAGAAGACGAACAUAAAAUUUUCAAUUUCUCUGUAAUCUUCGCUUCUUGCGAAACCAAUUCUCUAUGUCAGGUCUGUCUCGUUCUCCUCCUUCUUCAUCUUUCGAUUUCUGUGCAUGUUCGUGUUAUUUUUCCAAUAAAGUUUUGAUUUUUCGACAUACCCAGAUUGUGAUUAUGUGUUAGAUUAUGCUUUCGGGUUUUCAAAGUUAUGGGUAGUUCUUGAAUUAUGUUGAAGCUUUAGGUAAGGGUUUUAAAAAGCUGAACUUUUAUGUGAAUUGUACCAAACCCUUGUUUAAAGUUUGUAUUUUUGCAGGUAAUCAAGAACCAAUCUUGGUGAAAGAAGAGAGUGUGGUUGGUAUACCAACACCACUCUUGAAGCUUAAAAGUUGGCAAUGGUGGGUUCUUGUAUCCGUUAACAUCUUUUUCCUUAUUGGUGGUCAAGCUGCUUCGGUUCUUCUUGGUAGGUUUUACUAUGAUGAAGGUGGAAACAGUAAAUGGAUGGCAACUCUUGUUCAAACGGCUGCUUUUCCUAUACUCUAUAUCCCGCUUUUGCUACUUCCGUCUUCGGCUAGUGUAGAGUCUUCGGAGAGUUCGUGUUCACUCAAGUACAUUGUUUUGAUCUAUGUUUUGCUCGGUGUGAUCAUUGCUGGAGAUAAUAUGUUAUACUCUGUUGGACUUUUGUACCUCUCUGCAUCGACGUAUUCGCUCAUUUGCGCUACUCAGUUAGCUUUCAACGCGGUGUUCUCUUAUUUCAUCAAUGCUCAGAAGUUCACUGCUUUGAUUCUCAACUCCGUUGUUCUCUUGUCGUUCUCCGCUGCUUUGAUAGCUCUCAAUGAUGAUGCGGAUACUCCUUCUGGUGUCUCCAGGUCUAAGUAUAUUGUUGGGUUUGUGUGUACACUUGCUGCGUCUGCUCUCUAUUCUCUGUUGCUAUCUCUUAUGCAGUUCUCGUUCGAGAAGAUUCUGAAGAGGGAGACGUUUUCUGUGGUUCUUGAAAUGCAAAUCUACACUUCUUUAGUGGCGACUUGUGUUUCGGUUAUAGGGCUUUUUGCUAGCGGGGAAUGGAGAACGCUGCAUGGGGAAAUGGAAGGUUAUCAUAAAGGGCAAGCCUCUUAUGUACUGACCUUGGUCUGGACAGCAGUUACUUGGCAAGUGUGUUCUGUUGGAGUCGUGGGUUUGAUAUUUCUGGUGACGUCGCUCUUCUCAAACGUCAUUAGUACGCUCUCUCUAGCUGUGACUCCACUAGCAGCUUUGGUUGUGUUCCGUGAUAAAAUGAGUGGUGUUAAGAUUAUGGCAAUGCUGAUCGCUAUUUGGGGUUUCGCUUCUUAUGUUUACCAGAAUCAUAUUGAUGACUUGAAAGUAAGACAAGCACGACAACAAGCUCAAGCCGGGCGGGUAGAACCGCCCUGUUGAUUCUGCGAUGAUUCAGGCAGAAACAUUAAUUUAGAAGGCUAUACGUUCUGUUUAGAUAAGCAACAAUAAUUGUCACUCGUAGGACAAGCUACUGGUCUUGCCAUAUUGUUUCUGAAAUCAAAUGUGUCGUACGAAUGUAUGAUCAAGUCUAAUAUACUGGUAGGUAAAUGGAACUUCGUGAAUAGACCUUAGAAUUGAUGAAACCAAUACUAUAACUCAUAUGGUCCUAUCUCUCUAUCAUUCUGCUUGGUUGUGUUACGUUAUUUUUAAAACAUAAAACACAUCACCUCUUUGCUUUGAUUGGCUCUCUGAUUUGCUAUACUCUGGCUUAGCUUUUAAUAAUGCCAUGGAAAUUGGCAACUUGUAGAGAGAACUCAUUUGCUAUUAAACUGAUACCGAAGUGUAGAGAUAUGCAUAUGCUUAACCAAACGCAUUGUUUAGACAUGAGAAUGGCCAAGAAGAUUUCCUUAUCGAUCAUCUUGUUUGUUCUAAAAAAAAU